CUGCUCAACUCCCCUCUGGAUCAGAGCUAGUAUAAUGCUUGUAAUUUUUUUUAUGUUUGGUAUUCAUUUAAUUGUUCGUUGGGUAACGAUCAAUCCCACUUUUCCUCUUUUUAAAAUGCAUCUCGUUGCGCUAGCUAAUCCUGGAUCCGCCGCUGCUCUCUUCUCACCACUCACCAUCACAACAUGGUUUCCUUCCCCAUCCUUAUGAAGAUUCCACAGCAACCGAAAGCUAUUUUUUGUUUUCCAACAAUGGCUCCAAAAAACAUCUUCCCACUUUCCCUCUUCUUAAUAUUUUUGCCUGAGAUUUUAUGUCUCCAUCAAACCGCCUUCCCAUCUUUCACAAUCUCUUCCCUCCACAACCAUAAAAAGCCCUUCGAAGCCCUUCCCCUUCUUUCUCCAACCUAGCAAAAAAAAUAAGAAGUAACACAAGAAAUGGCGGGGAAGAGAAACCAGAGCCGCGGCAGCAGCCCAACCUCCGGCAACUUCUCCGACGACGACGGGGGCUCUUCUCCCGCCACCAACAACAACAAGGAGCAGGCCGACAGGUUCCUCCCCAUAGCCAACGUGAGCCGGAUCAUGAAGAAGUCCCUCCCGGCCAACGCCAAGCUCUCCAAGGAGUCCAAGGAGACCGUCCAGGAGUGCGUGUCGGAGUUCAUCAGCUUCGUCACCGGAGAAGCCUCCGACAGGUGCCACAGGGAGAAGAGGAAGACGGUCAACGGUGACGACCUCAUGUGGGCCAUGACCACCCUAGGGUUCGGGAGCUACGUCGGCCCGCUAAAGGUCCACCUCGGCAAGUACCACAAGACCGAGCACGAGGGUAAUGUCAGUUCCAUCGAUGGUAGUCAACCACAACAGCAGCAACGACAACAGAGUUCGUUUGUCGCUGUUGCUACGAACCCCACACAGACCGUCUCUAUCACAGGUAAUAGAGACGAUCGUGAUUUGGUAGUUGGUGAUACUCACCACCACCAACAUUACCAUCAUUAUAUUGAUGUCGGUGGUGAUCAAAUGAUGAGCGGGCCCAUGUUUUCAUUGGGCCGACCUGCUCAUCAGGAUUCGGGUUUGCAAGGGUGUGAUGGGCCGUCGGCUGAUACAACAUCGUCGUUGGUGUACACACUUGGAGUGUAUCCUCAUCAAGCGGCGGCCGUGAGUGCGGCAAGGCUUCUCGGUUACGGUAACGGCGGCGGGAGAGUCGUGGCGCAUCAGUUUGAUUAGCGGGGAAGAAAUUGAAGAUGAAGGGAAGUUGGUCCAUCAGAUAUUCGAACUCACAUAUUCUAAACCUUCGCUUAGUAGAAUAUAGCCUGCUUGGUUUAUCCCGACCAAUUAUUGAGCUAAACUAAUGAGCAAUGACCAUAAAAACAUUUUUCAAAUUAUUUAUUUAUGCUAGAAAUAAAACUUGCUAGCUGAUUUCAUUUUUGCCUUCCUAUAAUUACUACCUAUGUUUCAUUUCUUUUCCAAUUUAGCUAACGAUUAAAUUGUGACAGUCGCU